UUAACAUUCUGUAGACGUUUGACUUGAGAAACAUUGAAAAUUUCAUCACAGCAUAAUUCUCACGUUUAGAAUACUUAAACCUGACAAUACGCCAGGAUGCAGAAAGGCCAAUUCCGAUCGAGAAUACCACCACCCAAAUGCACAAAGCCUUCUUCUUAUCCCGAAAAUGAUCAAAAUGCCUUGCUAUACCAGAAGGAAACGCUAAUCAGUCCUCCUAAGCAUAUCGGCCAAAGGCAAUCAUCUACAAGACAACUUCCACCUCAAGUUGAUCAGGCUUUUGAACGAAUAGAAACUGACAGGCAACAGUUACAACAACGAAAACAGAAAAUAAUAUCAAAACUUAACUCUAUAGGAACAAAUGACCAGGACGUUAGUUUGAAAUUUGCCUCGUACAUCGAACAAUGUGGAACAAAAAAGAAUCCUAAAAUCAAAUAUCUUAUGAAUUUAGCCGAAGAAAAAAACCGUCGAAUGUUGUUGAAGCUUCAAACAAUAGACAACAUUUUAGAAAACGAAGACGUAGCUACUGAACACCGCCAAGAGAAAUUCACAACUCAAAUGAAAACUAAUUUUCAAACGCAGUUAAGAAAUAAUAGCAAACCAAACGCACACCUUCGUGUGAGUGACAGGUUUGAAAGCUCUUCAACAACAGCAGACCAAAUGGCUUGGGAAAUAACCGAAGACUUGUUCAGCGAUCCGAGUAUAAUGGUAAGGACGUUAAUUCCUGAAGCCCUUCCGAAAGCAGCAGUGGAUAGUUCUAUCAAUGAUGUACUCAUUCCCGAGCACAUUCCCAUGGAUCGGUUGUUUGUGGUUAGUGAUUUGGAUCGGAACACCACUGAGAUGGUGUUAAAAACUAAUUCCGUUCCAGUUCCUUCCUCUGUACAAGCGAACGUCGUUCUAGAUUCAAAAUUGCAGGCUAUAAAAAGAACCGGUAUCAAAAAUAUGCUUUCAGUUCCGGAUCCAAGAUUUGAAAUAGAACUAAAACUCGCCAAACCUAGGCGACAAAAUUUGUUACAGUUACAGGGUUCCUCCGUGCCGCAUUGGUUUCCGGGUUACUUUUCAUGUUUCACCGGACCACCAGCGAUGAUGCAGUCGAUGACUUCACCCGCUAACAUUUUGGCGAAAGCUCGCGGAAGAAUUCAUCAUAAAUUUACUAAUAGCAAUUAAA